GUUGUGAGCUGCAGGAGAAGCAGACACGGCACAGCAGAGAAGAACUAGUAGCCAACUGUUCCCAGAUCACAGAAGAACUUGCGACAUGCAGAGGAAGGUGAAAGGCCCACACGCUCGCAAGAAGAAGCCACAAAACCCCGUCCACCCGGGCUUCUUCUUGGUCACUCUGCUCAUCUUGAUCGCCGUGGCGAUGGCAUGGCCGUGGCCUAACCUGUCUUGGCCGUGGGACUCCGUCGCCGCGGCGCAAAGCACCCAGGCCACUGAUGAACUGACAACAGUGAAACAGGACAUCGAGGCGUUGAAGACCCACUUGAGCAAUCUGGAGAUGCGCAUGGAUGAGCUUGAUGAAGCAGCAGCAGCAAUCGUCUACAUUGAGAAUGUGACCCGUAUGGUUGAAACACAAGCAGCAACCGUGCGGAGUCUGACCACACUUGUGGAGAAGAUUGAUGGAGUAGCAAAAAUGGCACGAGUUGAGGCUGCAACCGCACAUGUGGACAAGCUGGAUGACAUAUCAGACAAACGUACGGUGUGGUUUGCAGUAGCAGGGGGCGGCACAAAGAAUCAUGACAAGGUGGUCUUUGGCGACGUGUUCACCAACGAGGGUAACGCCUACGAUGCCAACACAGGCAUUUUCACAGCCCCCUGCAAGGGCCUCUACUUCUUCACCUUGGUCUACCACUCGAAUGGUGGGACGAUUAGUCUAUAUGUGUAUAGGGAGAAGAAGAAUGGGAACAGGCAGUGGCUGAUGGUCCUGUAUGACAACACCCAGACCACAGGGAAGUACUACAUGGUCACCACCAGCAGGAUGGUUGACCUGGAAGAUGGAGACAAGGUGUAUGUCUGGCCUGAUAGUGGCCAUGUUCUUACAUCUGAUAGUGCUAACAUAUUCAGUGGCUUCCUGGUGCAUCCCAUGUAAAGUGGAGGCGGGCGCAUCCAUCCAUGAUGUCAUGGAUAGCAGGGCAGUAUCGCUAUGGGACUUUGAUCCCUGUGGCUUUUCUUGUGUGUAACGUUCCACGUGUGUGUGUUGUGUUGCGUUUAUGGAUAUUUGAAGGGCGUACAGUUGGCGUGUGGGCUGAUGCCACCUACUGGUAACGCUUGUCAUAUUUAGUAAUAUUACGCUCUAUAUUGUUUUCCUAAAGGGACUGUUUGCCAGCGUUAACUUGACAUCCCACCCUCUUCCUGUGUUGGCCACGCCCCACGUAAGGCUAUUGCUAACAUGCUAGCUGCGGGUGAUCUAUUUCUUCUGCUUGCAAAGAGUCCCUUGAAAUGUAAGCAUGAUUUGCCAAACAUGUGCACUGCUAACGGAUCUUUUUCUUGGAUAAUUCUGUGUAUGAUGCCAACAUACUGGA